AUGAGCGAUGGGCAGCAGCUGCAACAACAGCUGUAUCCCGGUGCUAGACGCAUUAAGAAGGACUCGCUGCAGCGGCUCUUCGUAACAGUCCUCCGCGCCGGAAAUCUGGAUUUGCCGGGUAUCAGGUGGUACCCCCCGCAGGCGGUGGUGGCCUUGGGCCAGCACACGCGGCGCUCGCCGCUGGGGGAGGCCUUCGGAAGGCACCCCAUCUUCGAUUGGCAGACCGCGCUGCCCUUCACGGGCUAUGAGUCUCAUCUGGUGUUCCAGGUGGUCUGCGAGGGCCGCCUGGUGGGCAGCUGCCUGGUGCCCCUGGCCGAGGUCGUCUCCGCCGCCGGCGGCUUCCGCCGCGUGCUGCCGCUGGCGAGCCCGCGACCCGGGCAGCCGGGCCCGGAGCUCUCGGUGCAGGUCACCACCACGUUGGAGGGGGACAUCCACAUGGUGCCGGCCCAAGAGGCAGCCGCGCAGCGGCUGCAGAAGCAGACCUGCCAGCUGCGCGUAACAUUGCGCAGCCUGCGGAUCGCCGAGAACUUGUCGCUGGUGGAGGGUCAGCCGAAGAUUGCCGCCUAUGUGGUGGCGAGCUGUGGCCAGCAGAGUGCCAGGACCAAGGGGGCAUUUCUGAGGGCCACGAGGGAGGACAACGAGAAGUUUGUUUUCACGGACCUGCCCAAUAGUAACUUUGAUUGCGGCGACUUAAUGCGGGGGAAGCUGGACAAGUACCGGGCGGCACCAUCUUUGGAGGAGCGUCGCAGCAGCGAUACGCAGUACGGCUACCGCUUGAAGGUGGAGAACGGUCUGCAGGUCAGCUACUGCAACGUGCAGUUCACCUUUUGGUACCACCAGCAGGAGGUGCUGGAGCUCUCAGUCUUCGAUGACCUCUUCCUCUACUACCCGGACAACUUGGUUGCCAUGGGCUCCUUAGACCUCACGGAGGCCUUCCGUCAAGCCUUCACGGAGCAGGGGCUGAUGCUGGACACCAAGCCCAAGGUCUCCAUGACCGUGGCGCUGGCCCCGUCCAUUGCCGCCCUGCGCGAGACCCCUGGAUCCCACGCGGCCGCGGCCGCGGCCGCGGCCGCGGAUGGGGGCACGGGCGGCAGCACUAGCGAACGCUUCGCCGGAGAGCUGGAGCUGGAGGUGGAGUUCCUGGAGGAGCCGGUGGCGGCGGUCUCGGCCUUGGAGACCACCUUCCGGCGCGCCCCGCGGGCGCAGCAGGAGGCGGAGGAGCGGCACCUCGAUGCCCUGCAAUACCUCGCAGAGGCCACAGGUGUCACAGGAGGGCUGCCGGCGCCAGAGGACCUCUUCGAGGCCCAGCGCUCCGCGCUGGCACGGCUGGUGGCCUGCAGCGCAGUGUCGCUGGCCCGGCGCCUCGUGGCGCACGAGGAGCGGGUGGUGACGCUAUUCGCACAACGCUUGGAGAACGCGGUGCAGCAGGUCUGUGAGGCCUUGAACGCGCCCUCUGAGGAGCUUUUGGCCUCCGCGCGCAGCGCGGUGCCGUGUGAGAGCCUCGAGGAGGCGGCGGAGAACUACAAGACGUCCUGCCGGCCGCCAACUGUGUCCUUCUUGGAGAGGCUUUUGCCGCUGGGCACCUUACUGCAGCGGCUGAGCGCCGUGGGCGCGCUGCUGCGCUGCAGUUUGCGGAAAGCCGCGGAGGCGGUGGAUCCCUUGCGUGGUGGCCCCUUCUUCGAGAUCUUGGAACGGCUGCUGGUGGCGCAGAAUGCCUUGGCGCCUGGAGAAAUCCCCACGCUGCAACUGGGCCUCUCUUGCGAGGAGAGUCUCGCCCAGAGCCGAGAUCUGGAGGCAGCCGACAUCCCUGGCGUGGAGCAGCAGGACCAGCUGCGCCUGGGCCGUGCUGCCAUCUACUCAAACUUUUUGCCGGAGAUCGAUUGCGCCCGCAUCAUGGAUGAGGAAGUGGAGGAGCUUCGGCGGCAGAUCCUGCCGGGCCACUACCGCUACAUCCUCCCCUCCUCCCUGGCCAUCGGCGCCUUCUGCGGGGCCUUGGCGGCCUUCUCCUACGUGGAGACCGCGGUCAUUGUGCACACCCUGGACGAACGGAUCCUGUGCCACCAGGACUACAAGCACCUCAUGGUGAUGCGAUACCUCUGCAAGGCCAUGACGGAGUCCUACGUGGAUCGCUUCGCCGAGUGGGUGGCCACCUCCCCGGCCUGCUACAAGGGCAUCUUCCUGGCUUGCGCCCUGGCGGACGGGAAGGGGGCCUUCUCGCAGAUGCGGCGCCGGUUUCUGCGGCUCAAGGAGCUGAGCCUGGAGCCGCUGGGGCCCCCGCUGUCGCCCCAUAAGGUGAUCUGCGCUUCGGGCUUCCUGCGAACCUUGGCGGAUCUCUGCCAGCCCUGGGCUGUCGAUGCAGACCGGCCCUGGACCUCAGGGCAGGUCUUCUUCCUGCGCUUCGAUGCGGACUGCUUGUCUCAGCUGGGCCUGCAGCUGGACGACACGUUGGCGCGGGACCUGAAGCGCACGGAGGCUGUGGCGCGGUUCCUGAUGUCUCUCACGAACCCCAUCUCUUUCCAGCAGCGGGCCAUCGGCAUGCUGCUGGAGGAGCUCGGCGACCUCGUGGACCGCGCCUCCGAGCGCGCGGACCAGGUGGGGAAGCUCCUGGCGCGGCAGUUGGUGGAGGCGAAGGCGCGGAGCCGGAGCUUCACCGCCUCCCUCGUGGGCUACUCCGCCGGGGGGAUCGUGGUCGAAAGCUGCCUCAAGGAGUUGCAGGAGAUGGUCAAGGACGGCCAGCGUGCAGCCGCAGACGUGGUCUGCGAUGCCGUGAUGCUGGGCACUCCGGUGUCUGCGCUGGACGAGGACUGGACCGCGUUGCGGCAGCUGGUGAGUGGCCGCUUCGUGAACGGCUUCUUUGCGCAGGACACGGUGCUCUUGUCGCACCAGUUCCGGCGCGGCGGUGGGGCGCUGGCCGGGUGCAGCCCGCUGCGCGCACCGGACGUGGAGAACCUCCCGCUGGAUCCCUUCAUCACCACCCACUCCGAGUAUCCAGAGCAGAUGCCCUUGAUCCUGCAUCGCAUCUUCCGGGGCCUCUGA